CACCUUGUUGAUUAGUCAGUGCUGGGAGCGCUGCUAUGGCGUUUCUCAGACCCGCGGCUCCUCCUCACACUCUCGAGGCGGAGGGAAGGAGGGGUAAGAGGAGGAGGCGAGAGGGCGGCCGCCGCAGCUGCAGAGCCGGGGCCAGAGGAGGAGGCGGAGCGGGAGCCGCCGCAGCCACCCGGGCCGCCGCCGCCGCCCGCAGCCGCUGGGCUGCUCUGAGUCCUCUCCGGGCUUGAGGGCACGCGGGGCGCCCCAGCCAUGCCCCGCAGCGGCAGCUGAGCCGGGCGCCGGCCCCCUUCCUCCGGGCCGCCCCAGCCGCCGCGGCCCCCGGCUGCCCGCGGCCGGAGCUGCCCAGCGCCUCCCGCGCGCCCCAGACCGCGAGCGCGAGCAGCGGCAGCCGCCGAGGCGCGGGUGGUGCGGGCGGCGGCGGCGGGGGAGCGCGGGACAGGAGGCGGCGGGGAAGAUGGACCCGGCGCCCUCGCUGGGCUGCAGCCUCAAGGAUGUGAAGUGGAGCUCGGUGGCGGUGCCGCUCGACCUGCUAGUCAGCACUUACCGGCUGCCCCAGAUCGCGCGGCUGGACAACGGAGAGUGCAUAGAAGGGCUGCGGGAAAAUGACUACCUGCUGAUUCAUUCCUGCCGUCAGUGGACCACCAUCACUGCCCACAGCUUGGAGGAGGGCCACUAUGUCAUUGGGCCAAAGAUAGAGAUUCCAGUACAUUAUGCAGGGCAAUUCAAGCUGCUGGAACAAGACCGAGAUAUAAAGGAGCCAGUGCAAUAUUUCAACAGUGUGGAGGAGGUGGCUAAGGCAUUUCCUGAACGCGUGUACGUCAUGGAGGAUAUCACAUUCAACGUGAAGGUUGCUUCAGGUGAAUGCAAUGAAGACACUGAAGUUUACAACAUCACCCUGUGUACUGGGGAUGAACUCACUCUAAUGGGGCAAGCAGAAAUCCUUUAUGCAAAGACAUUCAAGGAAAAGUCACGACUCAAUACAAUCUUCAAAAAGAUUGGGAAGCUCAAUUCCAUCAGCAAGCUGGGAAAAGGCAAAAUGCCGUGCCUCAUUUGCAUGAAUCACCGGACCAAUGAAAGCAUUAGCCUUCCAUUCCAGUGCAAGGGCAGAUUUAGCACCCGGAGUCCCCUGGAACUUCAGAUGCAAGAGGGCGAACACACCAUUCGCAACAUUGUGGAAAAGACCAGGCUUCCUGUGAAUGUGACUGUGCCAAGCCCCCCGCCGAGAAACCCGUACGACCUCCACUUCAUCCGUGAAGGGCACCGCUACAAGUUUGUGAACAUCCAGACCAAGACGGUGGUGGUUUGCUGUGUGCUGCGGAACAACAAGAUCCUCCCCAUGCACUUUCCUUUGCACUUGACUCUCCCCAAGUUCAGCCUCCCAGAACACCUGGUGAAGGGAGAGGGAUGGCCCGAAAGCCUGGUCCAUCACUGGCUAGGUAUCUGCCAAGAACAGUUCGACAUCGAUGAGUAUUCACGGGCUGUCCGUGAUGUGAAAACCGACUGGAAUGAGGACUGCAAGAGCCCCAAGAAGGGCCGGUGCUCUGGCCACAACCACGUGCCCAAUUCCCUCAGCUACGCCCGCGAUGAGCUCACACAGUCCUUCCACCGACUCUCGGUCUGUGUGUAUGGUAACAAUCUCCAUGGCAACAGCGAGGUGAACCUUCAUGGUUGCAGGGACCUGGGAGGAGAUUGGGCCCCCUUUGCUCAUGACAUCCUGCCGUAUCAGGACUCUGGUGAUAGUGGGAGCGACUACCUUUUUCCGGAAGCUAGUGAAGAAUCAGCAGGUGUCCCAGGAAAGUCAGAACUUCCCUACGAAGAGCUGUGGCUGGAGGAAGGCAAGCCCAGCCAUCAGCCUCUCACUCGCUCCCUGAGCGAGAAGAGCAGAUGUGAUCAGUUUAGAGGUUCUGUCCGAUCCAAAUGUGCAACUUCACCUCUUCCCAUCCCUGGGACUCUGGGAGCAGCAAUGAAGUCUUCAGAUACUGCCCUACCUCCACCUCCAGUGCCUCCCAAAUCUGAAGCCGUCAGAGAAGAAUGCCGGCUCCUGAACGCCCCACCUGUUCCGCCCCGAAGUGCAAAGCCUUUGUCCACCAGUCCCUCCAUCCCACCUCGCACAGUCAAGCCAGCGCGGCAACAGACUCGCUCUCCCAGCCCCACCUUGUCCUACUAUUCUUCAGGGCUGCACAGCAUCAGCGUCACUAAAACUGACACAAGUCCUUGUGAAAGCGCUCCUGUUUCCUGCUAUCCAUGUAACCGAGUGAAAACUGAUUCUGUGGACCUGAAAUCCCCGUUUGGAAGUCCUUCUGCUGAAGCUGUGUCCUCUCGGCUCUCAUGGCCUAACCAUUAUUCAGGAGCCUCAGAGAGCCAGACCAGGAGCGACUUCCUGCUGGAUCCAAGCAGGAGUUACAGUUAUCCCAGACAAAAGACGCCAGGCACACCAAAGAGAAACUGCCCAGCACCUUUUGAUUUUGAUGGCUGUGAGCUCUUGGCCAGCCCCCCUAGCUCAGCCACUGUAGACUUCAGUAGCAGCGUCUCUGGUUGUCCCAAGUCAGCCAGCUACUCUCUGGAGAGCACAGACAUGAAAACUCUUGCAGCUGGUGUGACAAAGCAGAGUACUUCAUGCCCUGCCUUACCACCCAGGGCCCCAAAACUAGUGGAAGAGAAGGCUGCCUCCGAAAUAUCUCCUUUGCCUCUGAAAAUUGAUGGUGCUGAGGAAGACCCCAAGUCUGGGUCACCAGAUCUCUCUGAGAACCAGUAUUUUGUUAAAAAGGGCAUGCCGGACACCUUCUCUGCCUCCUACCCUUUCUCAUCUCCGCUCCACCUCCAGCUGGCCCCCCGAUCCUGUGGCGAUGGUUCCCCAUGGCAGCCACCUGCUGACCUAUCAGGACUCUCCAUAGAGGAAGUAUCCAAGUCACUACGGUUCAUUGGUUUGUCCGAAGAUGUCAUAUCAUUCUUUGUUACCGAAAAGAUUGAUGGGAACCUGCUUGUUCAGCUAACAGAAGAAAUCCUCUCAGAGGAUUUCAAACUGAGCAAACUUCAGGUGAAGAAGAUAAUGCAAUUCAUUAAUGGCUGGAGGCCCAAAAUAUAGCCAAAUAACUCCAGCCAGCAUGGAACAAAACUGAUCAAUGCGUGUGCUAGAAGGGGUGGGCUGGGACACAAUUUCAUGUUUUUGCACUAAAAACCUUCUCUGUAAAUAGGGAUAAGAGAAACUCUUACUAUGCAGAUUAUGUUUUUGAAUGGUGAACAGGCUAUUUUGUACAUCAAUAAAAAUGCUGUACAGAACACUUGGAGGUGUGCCUUGUACGUCACUCAACAAACACUCAGCAGCUGCUAAAAGGAAAAAAGGCAUAUGCAGAGAAAUCAUUCUUACCCAAGUAGGUUUAUGCGAGAAGGUAUGAUAUUUAUUACAAAAUAGCCAAAGCUGAAAGACAUAAAAAUCUUAAAACAAAAAAAAAAAGCUUUUGAACAACAAUUCCCUUCUUUCAGGAGGGUUGACUUUAGACGAUUAACUAUGUUCUGUGCUCUGUCAUUCGGAUUGCUUCAUGCUAAUUGUUUUACUCUUGUGCCUGAAAAUGUUAAUGAUAUGAAUUGACACUUUAAUGUUAUAUGCUUGGUGGGGAUCUUUUUAUCACAAGGCAUUUUCCAAAAGUCAUGUGUUGAUAAAGGGAUAUAUGUUGUCCUUAGAAAUCACACAAAUCAUGACCACAAUAAUUUAUCUGUAACUGCUGCUAAUUUUAUUGAGCAGAGAAAAAAGAAUAUACAUAUAUAAAUGUGUAUAGUUGUAUACACAACACACCCAUAUAUGUUUUAAACAUAAUUUUGAUUAUGAUAUUUAGAUAACAUCUGUUCACUUUUAAAUAAUACGUUGAGGUUUUGGGACUGUUAACUACAUUGAUUCUCUUAGGAAUAGUGGACGGAAUGACUCCAAAGAUUCUCAGAACCCUGUCACUUGAAGCUCAGUCUUAUUUGGGUUCACUGAAAACUUAGAACAAAUCAGUAAAGAGUCCUGUAUUGAAGAAUUCAGUUUGAGUUUAAGCCCACUGCAAGGCUGGUUUUUGCAUGUAAUACUCCCAUGACAUCUGGGGAAAUGACAGUUUCUGUUGAAUUCUAAUUCUCGGGUUUGAGGGUCUCUUUCCCCUGGUGUCUGAUGGCGAGAAGUCUGAAGAACAUUUGUCAGAGCACAUUAGGUUUCUCAACCUGCUUCAUGCUUUACGAGAGCUCAGAAAUCAGACACACCAGGCUUUAUUGUGUAUGCUACAUAUGUUGAGUAUUUUUUAAAUACCAAUAAGAGGACUUGUUUAUUUCAUCAACCACUUCUUCCCUCUCUUUCAAAGAAAAUACAUUUUUACCAUACUUUUAUUCCAAGAAUUCCAGGACAUUAGUCUGAGAAUUUUUGCUAAAUAUGAUUAAAUAUUCCAAAAUAUAAUGGCGUCAUCAUUAUUCUUGACAUUUUUAGAGAAUAUAUCGUAGGACUGUGUUCUUGGAGCAAGGUAUCAUCUACUCUCCCACACCCCAGAGUCUGGCCCCAGAUUCCAGGUGUGUGAAUGGCAAAUGACUGAGGUGCACACAGUGCCCUCUGGAAUAGGGGGUCAGCCAGCGAGGCGUCAGCAUGACUUGCAGGAUGGGCCUAUAUGUUACCAUCUCCUAUUCCUGCUACCAAAAUGAAAAAAAAAAAAAAUUGAAAGACAAGACCCACCACUCUAGUUUUAUAGACCUGUGAAACGUAUCUUUAUUUCUUUAUUAAAAAUAUCUUGGAAAGAUAUUUUUAAUCCAUAUCAUGGUUUGGAGUUGAGGUGAAUUGAUAACCUAUUCUAAUUUUCCAUCUUAGAUCUCCUUUAUCAAAAGAAAGAGCAUUUUUUUCUCCUAUCAAUGUAAAUCUCCCAAAAUGUAAAUACUGUAGGUAAAAAGAGUACCCUGUAAACUUCUCAUACUGGAGCACCUCAUCAAAAGUCACUGACAAGCCGAUGAGGAACUGUCUGGUACCGCACUCAUAGGACAUGAGACCCAUGAGACUUUCGUGUUCUGAGAGCAUCCUUCUGUGUGAGGAGGACUGCCUCCCUUAGUAAAGUAAACCUCUCAGAACUUCUUUUUAAAAUAAAAACAUACAAGACGCAGUUGCAAAGCUGCAAGCAUUCCUUGACAAACCUAGCUGAAUCCAUCCAUUUUAAAACACUUAACACUCAUACACAAUUCUCAAAUUCAGGAAGAAGGAACAGGGUUGGCUUGGGUUUACUAUAAAGGUUGCCCACGUAAACAACUGACUCCUUAUGGCGUUUUUUUUUCUUUUGUAAAAACUUUACACAAAAUAGGGUUUUAAAUACUUUUUGUUUUGAACUUGGCAUAUUUUUGUCAAAUUUAUAUUGAUUGGCAGUGUGGAGACUCCUUGAAAGCAAGGACUGUGGCCUUUGAUUCACUUAGCAUGAAACAUUCUAAUAUCACUCUACACUGUUGAAUAAAAGACACAGCCCCUGCCCUCUUAGAGAUCAUAUUGUUUAUAUUUGAAAUCUCAGUUGCUAAGACUAUGUAUUUGGGGGCAAGAAAGACAUGAACUCUCUGGGCAGCUGGGUAUAUGGAGAGUUAUGUGUGUCCUGUCUUUAAAAUGUUAACCUCCAGUAAGAGGUACAAAAGUAACACCCCAAGAUCACUAAAACUUGGAACGUGUGGGACACAAAGUAUCUCUCUCACUGCCUAGUGGUGGUGGUGGUGUUUUACUGACUUGGAAUUCUUUUAAUUGUAAUAAAUGUCUUCUGUCAUCUUUAAAAGCCACAAAUAAAUGCAAUUGCCAUUCCUAAGCUGAGUACCUGUCUGUGAAGGACCUUGGCACUCUGACUAGAUAAAGCAUUCAUAGCUCCAAGAGAAUCAUAACAAGAUAUGCAAGCAGGGGUAAUAAGGAGGCAGCCCUUCCAUUUCGAGAGCUGCGAUUCUACAGUGAAAAGCAAUGCCCAGAGAUCCACACACAGAACUUUCUAACCAACCAAGUCAAGACUUACCAUCUUAUCUCCUCUGGCAGUUCCCCUAUAAUCAAACAAGAGGAAGUGUCUGUCUAAACAAGACCCUUUUGGGUCCUUAGAUUCAUGGCGAAAAUCAUCGUGGCCCCCAUCAGAAAAGAAAAUCAGCAAUAAACCAAGCCAAGCAGCUAAAAUGUAUAAUGUGGACCUAAUUGAUGUUGGGAGGCAGAAUUCAAACACUCACAUAUUAAUCUUGCAAGUUUUCUCUUCUUUAAGUUGAGCUGCUAAACCUUAUAAACUGUGAAAUUUACUUACAUUCUUUCAACCAACAUAUAUCACUCCAGUUUAUGAAGUUGCAGCGAACUGCCCAUUCAGCUACAUUGCAGUGUUUAUUCUUGCCUCGUGUCAAAAUUCAACAAUCUUAUGGGAAAUAUUAUGACAGUCCAUUCCAACUGUUUUCAGACACAUGCAAAAACAGCCUCUGCUCACAUUCCACAGCCACCUGCAUGUUAUCCAUAUAGCUCCCUGAGAAGUCGAGGGGUGGGGGGUGGGGUAUGGAAGGAUAGAGGGUCCUUCAUUUUCUAAAUACUUUGUAUAAAUCACUAUUCGUCGUGCCUAGCAAAUAUAAAAUUAACAUUUUGAAUAAUAAACGGGAAAACAGUCCUCCAAAGAACCUAGUGAACUGUUAAAAGGAAAUUUUAGUUUCAGUCUACCAGGAAAGUUAAAUGUGUUGUUGGACAUAGGGGGCUUUCAGAAACAUGCCUCUUAUAUCAAUUUCCACCAUCUUUCAAGUUACCUAAAGGCAUCAGGCUGCUUGAGCAAGAAGAAUAAAAGGCCUAGAGUGCAAAUUACGGGAAGUAGAGCUUUUAGAUUGUGGGAUUUUAAUAUGGGAUUCUCAUGGUCACAUCAUGUUAAAUCACAUUGUUUAGUCUUCAAAACUUAGUGUUUUAAAAUUUGUCUCAUUGUGAUAGCCAGGAACAAGGAAUAAACAUGAUUUCAGUUUAAACUAUAUACAAAUAUCUUCUGUAAUUUUGCUGCUCUAAUUUUUAGGCUAUAAAUUUUGUAAUAGAGCUUAUCAGAUUGCAAAUUUCCUUUGUUUACAAUCUCAUAUAGUAGGGCUCAGAUAAUUUCUUAGCUAUAAACCUUCUCUCCCACUCAUAUUAAGUUUCAUUUAAAAUAUUUAAGCUAAGCCUAAAAAUUGAAUUCAAUUAAGAAUUUCGAGAGUUUAUCUUAAAUGGAAAUGGUGUAUUCAAAGAAUUUUGUAGUCAUCUUUACAGUUUCUUUGCUUGGCAAAUUUGGGUUGUUAGCUACCAGUUAACAGUUGCAGUACUUUCCAGAACAUUAUCUAAUGGGCCCAGUGUGUACCUCAAGAUAAACACAAUAUGUUAUGUCUAAAAAUUUCAUUGUCUGUUGAUUUAAAUGGUUCUGAAAUGUCUAUAAUAAAGAAAUUUUCAAAGUUGUUUUUCUUGCAGUUGUUCGUCAGUGGUCAGACCUAGUGCAUAGUUUUCUAAGGAUUUGUUUCCCAUCCUCAUUAAGCAGUAGGGAAUUUGGAGGGAGUCCCAAUACUUGCAAGCCCAUUCUGUAUUAAUAAGAGAUGGAAGACUAUGGUAUUGUGCAUGGUCAGAAGAUGCAGGUACCCAGGUAACUUGAUGGCAUACAAAGAGGAUCCAGCACCUGUGUGGUCAGGAGAUAGAGCAAAAGAUGAAAUAGAUGAAGUGGAAAGCUAAAAAAAAGAAAAAAAAACUGGUCCAAAGAUAGUCGUCUCAAUUGAUUGUUCACAGUCAGUUACAGAUCAACUCUUCAUUCUACUCUUUUCCCCACUCUCACUACUGCACUUCACUAAUCUUAAAAAAUAA